UUGCAUCUUUUGCAGGGUUUAAGGAGCCAGGUGAGAAGAGAUAAUCAAGAGGGCAGCUGAAAACAGAGGCUCAAUUUGGGGCGGAAUGAAUAAAGAUUUCAACCACGAUAGAGGAAAACCUCGAACUGCAUCAGGUCCGCCUCGCACCAUUAAUGUGCACAAAUUUGCUGAGUCUCGAGCUUCUGAACUUGAGUCUCUUCACUCAAUUGUAAAAGAACGAUUAAGUAAUGAUUUUAAAUCUCAAAGAAGCAAGAGAAGACGAACAACUGGACAUGACAAUAGACUGGCAAAGAGUAGAGAUAGAAAGAAGCAGAAAGCAGGAGAGGAUAAUGUAACUACCCCAGACCAUUUGGAGAACGAUAAGAAGAAACUUCCACGCCAUGUUCGUAGGAAACUUGAACUUACAAAGAAUUCUCUUGAUGGCUUCUCAACUUCAGGAGAUGGGACAAAGAGACUCAGAACUCACUUAUGGCAUGCUAAGCGUUUCACAAUGACAAAACUUUGGGGAUUCUACCUUCCCCUUGGUGUGCAGGGCAGCGGGAGGGGCUCAAGAGCUCUUUUGAAGAAACUAAAGGGAGGAGUACUAGUCCAUGAUGCAAGUUAUUGCAGUGCUGUGCAGUUGAAGGGUCCAGAGGAUUUGUUGCUGUCAAUCCUAGAAACUGUGCUUGUGCCUUCUCCAUGUUCACAUUGUGAAGAUGCUCGUUCUGACAUACUCUCUGGUGCUAUCAACGGUAGUGCUGAGCUCCAUCAUGCAGGAGCUGUUUUUUCUCAGACAAUUGCUCCUGUAACCUAUAUGUGGCAACCACAACAGUGUAGGAAUGCCGAUACAAAGGUUGAUCAUUCCAAUAUAUGUGGUGAACAACAGAAAAUUGAUGGCUGUUCUUCUUUAAGGCGGCUGUGGGUUUGGAUACAUGCUGCUGCCUUUAAAGAAGGAUAUAAUGCUUUGCAAAAUGCGUGUGAAAGGCAGGUAGAUGUAGCUGGCACUAGAGUUAGUUGCAUUUCCCUUGAGAACCACCUUGGGAAGCUGGAAGUGAUGGGAUCAAGGGCAUCUCAGCUUCUUCAAAAGAUGUUACAUCCUUCGACCUGUUCUUCAGUAAAUUCUUCCCUAGUAAAGUAUGCAUCCUACAUUGAGAAUGAUGAUCAAAUCCCAUCUUCAGCAAUCUUCUCUCUCUCUGUCCAUGAUCCUCGGUUUUUGGAUAAAGAUAUUACUAAUGCUUCGGAAGCAAAGGUUCAAGAUACACUAUCUUAUAAGAAAGACGAGCGCGGAGGAAAUGGAACUCCAAAAAGAGAUAUGAAGUUACUCCCGUGUUCGUUCUUAGAACCUGAAGGGAGUCAUGGCUUAUCUGAGUGUAUUGAUCUGUGGGAUACUAAAAAGGACAUAGAUCCUCCAAUAGAAGAAAACAUCCUUUGCAUGGAGAAACACCGUCAGCGUAUGGAGUUGUUUCGCAUUGGUGAUAUGAGCACAUGCAGACAACAACCUUCUAGUGCGAGGCGAUUUUCUAGAUUCUGCCCUAUACUGCUUCUCAGAAGUGAUAGCCAGAAAACUUCCAUUAUAAGAUGGUCUAUUAUUCUUCCACUGUCUUGGAUCAAGGUCUUUUGGAUGGCUAUUGUGACCAAUGGUGCUCAAGCGAUUGGCUUGAGAGAGCAGCACUGGAUAUCUUGUGAACUUGGGUUGCCAUGCUUUCCAAGGGAAUUCCCUGAUUGCAGUGCAUAUGCUUGUUUUAUGGCCUUGGAGGAAGCUGCUUAUGAUAAAAAGUCGGAACUCCGUUCUCCUCAUACAAGGACUUGGAAAGUUCCAGUUCCAUCUCCAUGGGACAGUCUCCGCCUUGCUCUAGAAGGACUCAAUGGGGCAGCUCAUAGCCGGGUACAACAUGAACAACUUUUACCAAAUGAUAUGAUCAGAAACAUAGCAAUGAAUAAUCCAUACCUGAGAAGUUGCAAAUCAGAAACAGAGAGUAGUUGUAGUGCUCCAUUCGAGGGAUUUGUGGCUAGGACAUGUAAUGUGCUGGCUCAGUUUUUGGAUGAGAUCAAAGCUAGCCAUCUACUUUUAUUUCCGAAAGUGCUUCACAGUAAGAAGUGCAUCGGCAAAUUUAUGAAGGACGAAAAGAUUCUCAAUGAGGAUGCAGAUGGGGUCAUUUACCAGAUAAAUCAGGACCAAAAAUUGUGUUUGGUCAGAGUUCUUUUGCAUGCCUACAGAGAAGGUUCUUUCGAAGAAGGAGCAGUUGUUUGUGCACCUCACAUUGAUGAUGUAAUGUUGUGGACAACCAGAUCAGAGAUCUCCAAAGGAGAACUUCAAGUACCUGAGUCCUUUGCGAGAUCGUGCUUCUCCCAGCAAGCAACUGGUAAAUGGGAAUUUCAAGUACCUGAAGAACCUGCUGCUAAAGAAUCUUGUAGAUUACCGAUUGGCUUUAUUACAACAGGAUUUGUUCGAGGAAGGUACUGGAGCCCUGUUGAUGUGUAUGUUGGUGGUGCUGAGCAUGCUGUUCUUCAUUUACUUUAUGCCAGGUUCUGGCACAAGGUUCUCUAUGACAUAGGUGUUGUGUCAACAAAGGAACCAUUUAAGAGUGCCAUAAAUCAGGGCAUCAUCCUUGGUGAAGUUCAAUAUACAUCAUCCAAAGAUGACAAAGGAAACUUGAUAUCAGCAGACUCUGCCUAUGAGCAGCCUGAGUACAACCAAGAGAAAAUACCUGAGGAAAAGGUCAUGAAAUAUGGUGAUUUCUUUGUAUUGAAAGAUAACCCCAAUAUUCGCUUGAUUGCCCGAGCUCACAAGAUGAGUAAAAGUAGGGGAAAUGUCAUCAAUCCUGAUGAUGUUGUUUUGGAGUAUGGUGCAGAUUCUCUACGCUUAUAUGAAAUGUUUAUGGGUCCAUUAAGAGACUCGAAAACAUGGAAUACAAGUGGUAUUGAAGGCGUGCACCGUUUCCUAGCAAGAUCUUGGAGAUUGGUUGUUGGUUCACCCUUGCCCACUGGUUCAUAUCCGGAUGGAACUUCCAUAGUUGAUGCGAAACCUUCAAUUGAACAACUUCGUUCUUUACACAGAUGCAUUGAUAAGGUAACUGGAGAAAUUGAAGGAACUCGGUUCAACACUGGAAUUUCUGCAAUGAUGGAAUUUAUUAACGCAGCAUAUAAGUGGGACAAACUUCCGAGAUCAAUUAUUGAAGCAUUUGUUUUGCUGCUCUCACCAUAUGCACCUCACAUGGCAGAGGAGCUCUGGUCUCGUCUUGGACACUCAAAUUCCUUGGCAUGUGAGCCCUUCCCUAAGGUUGAUGCUGCAUAUUUAAAAGAGAGCACUGUAGUCCUUCCAGUCCAAAUAAAUGGAAAGACGAGAGGUACCAUACUGGUUGAAGAAACAUGCACAGAAGAGGAGGCCUUUAGAUUAGCUUCACUUGAUACAAAACUAUCCAAGUUUUUGGAUGGGAAAUCUAUUAGGAAGAGAAUUUACGUCCAAGGAAAAAUUCUGAACAUUGUCAUAGAUGUACAGAAAAAGGUUAAGGUAGCUCAAGAAAAGCUGAUACAAUGCCUGGAAUCCCUAUAAGUUAUGUUGUUUCAUAAGUGUUGAUGGAUUAACAACUGUGGAGUUGCAAGCAGCGAUGGUUUCUGUACCAUAAUUCAUUUGUUGUACAUUAUUGUUAGAGGACAAUAAGCUCCCGGGCUGUGGAAGUGGAAUAGGCUCUGUUGUAUAGUAGAAGAGAGAAAGAGGGGUCUGCGGAAUUGCUUAAUCUAUUAGUUUGUGUAACUUAUGUUCGUUGUUGUACCAUUGUAUUUGAAUACGCUGUUCUUGUAUUUAUAUAUUAAGGUUUCUUCACAGAAACAUCAUAAGUCACAGCUUCAGUGAACAUUGUUUCAUUUUGCAA